AGCAAAAGAGCGAAAAGGGGCGUAAAGCGAAAUGAAUGAUACACUCAAUUUGCACAUGACAAUGAUGAAACCGCGAUAAUAUAAUCCAUUGGCCGCCGUGCUUUUGUUGCCGCCCGCGUUGCCCACCGACACGCACACUUCACCGCUUGUGGCUGAAGCCAUCGACGACCAGUCAUCCAUACAUCGCCACCCUGGUCGCUUUUUGGGGAAUUCGACAAGGUUGGGCCGCGAGACCGCCAUUUGGGCCCGGCGCUUGCGGUACAGUAUACGCAGGGAUGGGCUACGCGCACCGCAUAAUGCACCAUCCAGCUCACUGCCGUGGGCUCGACUAGCUCUGAUAUUCCAGCACGCCACCGCCAUUAGACCAAUCCACGACGAGCACGACGCAAACCUUGAGUGAUCACUCGACCAUGCCGCCCAGGAUAAACGACUAGGUCAAGGUUACCUUCAAACACCUUGACGCCCGCUUCGAGCUCCAUUUGGCCCCCCGCGUACAGUAGUAGACCCCGGGUUUAUUCAUGUUGUUGGGGUUUGUUGCUGCACACGCCCGCUCUUUCAACUCGGACGCCGUCACUUACAGCAUUCACGGUACAUCGCCGUCCUCGUCUGAGUGUUUAUAUAUACCCGACACAGCCCAGGCCUCUCUGAUUUCUGAUUUCUGCUUCUUCAUUCUCCAACUCAGCCUCACCCAAUCCAAUCCAAACCAGAUCCGGUUUCAUAUCUUUUGCUUUUUUAUACCCCCUCUAUAAGCCAGCCUUUGUUGUUGUAUUACUUGUACUUUUGUUUCCAUAUAUACCCCAUAUACCCAAACCCCAAUCCAAACACCAAAAAAACAAACAUGUCUUCCGACCAGGUUAUCGAGCAGGCCCAGGAGGCCAUUGCCCACGCCCACGCUCCCGCCGCCGUCGAGGCCCAGCAGCCCGUCGCCAGCGAGAGCGAGACUCCCCGCACCAUCCCCGAAGCCAACGACGAUUCGAUACACGUGCAGGGUGUGUACUUGCUUUUCUACUGUUCCAACAAACGUAUGAAAUGCUAACGAAAACUAUAGAGGAGGGCGAGACUGAGUACACUACGGCUGCUGCUGAAGAGCCCGCCGCCGAAGAACCUGCUGCUACCGAAGAGCCCGCUGCCGAAGCUGUCGCCACCGAGACGACUGAGGAGCAGCCUGCUACUCAGGAGGAGAAGGUCGCUGAAGCCGACGCCAUUGCUGACGCUGAACCUACAACAGAAGCUGAGGCCGCUCCCGUAGAGGUCACUGAAGAAGCUGAGCCUGCUGCUGCCGCUGCUGAGGAAACUCCCGCGACCGAGGAGGCUGCUGCUACCGAGGAGGCUGCUGAAGUUGAAGCUGCCGAACCCAAAGCCCCAGUUGAAGAGGCUGAGGAGGAGGCACCUGUUGAGGCUGCUACUGAAGCUGCUCCUGAGGCUCCCACUGAGGCUCCCACUGAGGAAGCCAAGGAGGAGAUACCUGUUGAAGCUGCCGCUGAGGAAGCCAAGGAAGAACCCGUCGCUGAAGCUGCCGAGCCCGAGGCCCCAGCUGAGACUACGGAAGAGGCGCCCGUCGAGGCCGCCGCUGAAGAGGCCAAGGAAGAACCUGCUGCUGAAGAAGCACCCGUUGAGGCUGCUCCUGAGGCCGCUGUUGAAGAAGCUAAGGAAGAGGCACCUGUCGAGGCCGCCACUGAAGAGACCAAGGAGGAGCCUGCUGCUGAAGCUACCGAGGAGCCCGCUGCUGAAGCUGUCGAAGCUGCCGCUCCCGAAGAAAAGGCCGAGGAGACCACUGAGCCCUCUGCCGAGGAGCCCGCUGCUGAAGACGCUGCUCCUGUAGAAGCCCCCGCGGAAGAGAAGGCCACUGAAGAGCCUGCCGCCGAGAAGUCGAAGGAAGAGGAAGCUGCUGCCCCCGCCGCGGAGGCACCCGAGGCUGCUGCAGAGACCACAGAAGCUCCCGUUGAAGAGGCUGCCCCUGUCGAGGAAGCCAAGGAGGAAGAGCCCGCCACGACCGAAGAGCCUGCUGCGCCGGCCGCAGAGGCUAUUGAGGCCGAACCCGCUGCUGAGACCACCGAGGAGGCUCAGCACGCUGAAGAGGCUGCUCCUGCUGAGGAGGCCGCCCCCAUUGAGGAGGUAAAGGAGGAGCCUGCUGCUGAGGAGGCUCCCGUUGAAGAGCCUGUCGCUGAGGCACCUGCUGCUGAGGAAGCCACCACUGAGGAAGUGAAGGAAGAGCCCGCAGCUGAGGAACCUGCCGCUGAGGCUGCUGAAGCCGCCGUCGAAGAGGCUACCAAGGAGCCCGAGGCUGAAGAGGCCAAGGCUGAGGAGGCAGCCGCCCCUACCGAAGAGGCCGCUCCCGCUGAGGAGGCCGCUCCCGUCCAGGAAGAGGCUAAGGCUGAGGAGGCUGCUGCUCCUGCUGAGGAAGCUGCUCCCGUCCAGGAAGAGGCUAAGGCUGAGGAGGCUGCUGCCCCUGUUGAGGAGGCUGCUGCCCCUGUUGAGGAAGCUGCUGCUCCUGCUGAGGAAGCUGCUCCUGCUGAAGAGACCGCUCCCGUUGAAGAGACCAAGGCUGAAGAGGCUGCUCCCGAGGCUGAGGAGGCCAAGGUUGAGGAAGAAGCCGCCCCAGUCGAAGAGGCAGCUCCCGCUGAGGAAGCUGCACCCGCAGAGGAAGAGGCCAAGGCUGAAGAAGUCGCUGCCCCCGCCGAGGAGGCUCCCGUUGAGGCCGCUGAGACGACUACUGAGGAGCCCAAGACAGAGGAAGCUCCCGCUGCCGUCGAGGAUCCAGCGGCUACCCAGGAGACCACGGAACCUGAACAACAGACCAAGCCCAAGGAGGGCCUCACCGGAUGGAUCUCUAAGCUCGUCCACCACAAGAGCUCUGGAUCCAACUAAUUUCGCGCUUGCGCACUAAUACAAAGGCACUUGUACAAAGAGGGGGCCAAUGUUAUGAUUGAAUUUUUAUACGAUAGCGUAGCGACACUCUUUAGCGUUUUCUUUCUUGUCUUUUACCACGACGAGCAACGUUUUGCGUUGCGCAAAUCAGACUGGUACUAAUUGUCUUGAAAUUUAUGAAACUGAUGUUUUAUGAACCGUUUUAUGCCAAGUGACUUGUUUUGCUUUACAUAUACCGCUCUUACACGCUGCGUAACUAUGCCACUGCGCACAGAGGGAGUCAACGGCACAUCUGAGAUCGUAUUGGCCUGGAUCAGUAGCUUAGCCUCCGGGUUCGGCAAGGUGCAUAGUAUAAAGUUGCACAUUUACAUUCCCAUCCAAUGCAUCAUCUAGCCUUUACUAAAAAUUCCGUGCCAUCUAUAAAGUCGGCCCCCGCGGCGGUGGAGAGACCUUUGGAAGGCCAGCGGUUUGGCACAUCAUCGAGCGCGAAGAGCUGUAGGCACUUCAUGAAUUCGGUCCAGUUUUGGCCAUCUUCAAUGGCAUAGCGACUCUCCGUAUCGAAAAAGUCCUCCCAAAACGAUAGUCCGAGGUGCUUCUGCAAGAAGUAUCGAAAGAACUGUAGCUCGAGCGGUGCCGGUACCGCAUCUUGGCUUAGGUGGUCUUGUUUUGGUCCUAUGAUAUCCAGUACGGAGAAAAUAUCCAUAGGCCGCUUAGAAUCGUUUGGAUCGCGAGCAUCAAGCGCGAGCUGUGGCGCGUAUCUGGCUGGCGGCGUAAUAAUGUCCACAUGAGCGCAGCAAAAGAGGCCAAAUGGUGCAAUAAUGCAGCUCUUUUCAGAUGAUCCCUGGCCUUUGUGGUGCGGAAAUCGGCUGUUAUACAUGGACAGGAGGAUGUGUUCUUGCUGCCAGAGCAUCUUCAUGACUUCCCAGGCAACGUAGUGUGCCUGAGCAUGGGAAUCGAUGCCAGCCCUGCCCUUAAGCUGGACUGGGCACCCGUCAUCAAGUUCAUCUUCCGACCCAGCGUCUUCAUCGUCGCUCUGUAAAUCCCUGCAGCACCAUGCUCGCCCUUGUCUCUUAUCAAAGCGAUCAGUUAUAGCAGCUACCUCUGCGGUAUUGGCAAGGAUAUUCUCCAAUAGCCAGUCAGCGAAGGGGCCAAAUAUGGCGUCCUGCUCCUCCAUACUAGCUUCAAUGUUGUACGCGGGAAAUCCUGAGAGCAGGAUGCUCUGCUCGUCGUUUACCGUCUCCUGCGCGCCGCACUGGUAGAGGGGUUCACUGUAGGCGUAGGCGAGCACCGCACCAGCGAUGAGGCAUCGGUAGGCCGCUCGGUGAAAGCCAACCCUCCACUCAGCAAGCCUUUCUGGUUGCUCAGCCCCUGGUGUCUGCUGCUGAUCCCAGUUGACACCGCUCGGUAGAUGGUAGUCAUCAAAACCAUGUGGACUGCGCAGCGUACCUUCGAGGCCAAGGGCAAGGCUAUGGAGGAGCC